AUUCAGCUGUUCUGUGACCAAAGGACUACUUAAGCAAGCGUUUGUUUGGCUUGUAAAGGAUUUUUUAAAUUAUUAGGCUAUUAUUUCUUUUGAUCUGGAUGGAUUUUUAAUGGUGAGUCAGCGCAGCAGCUGCUGGACCAACACCUAUUGAAUUGCGGAACUGAAAGUUGCAACAGCUGGGUUUUGAUUUCCACGUACACGUUACAGUAGCUAGCCUGAACAUCUAAAAAUGGCUGACGACUUUGGGUUCUCAUCUCCUGACAACGGUGUUCAUCCCGUUGAAGAAGAUCCUGCUGCAGCGUUUCUGGCUCAACAGGAAAGUGAAAUUGCUGUGAUUGAGAAUGACGGUGAGGGAUUCGGUGGUGAUGGGUUCGGCGAAGGAUUCGGAGAGUUGGAAGAGGCCGAAGAACAACCGCAGCAAGAGGAACAUUCUGCCCCUGAAGUACAUGAUGAGUAUGAUGCCUUUGGUGACGCACCAGCUGCAGUAAACGGAGACAUGUUUCAGGAUUCAAAUGGGACAUCAGACAGCUAUGCUGCCAUCGCCCAGGUUGACCAGCUGCGGCAAGAACCUGAAAGUUUGCGCAAGUGGAGGGAGGAACAGAAAGCUCGACUGGAAGAUUUAGAUGCUGCCUCCAAAGCUGCAGAGUCUGAAUGGAAAGAGAAGGCCAGAAAGGAGCUUGAAGACUGGCAUCACCAUCAAAGUGAGCAGCUGGAGAAGAACAAGGCCAACAACAGGAUCACUGAUAAGGCUUUCUACAACCAACCCAACUGUGAUGUGAUAGGCUUUGUAUCUUCUGAAGAUGCCUUCCUGAAGGAGUGUGGUGAAGACAGCCCGGGCUCAGAGUGGGAGAAGGUGGCGCGACUCUGCGACUUCAACCCCAAAACCAACAAGCAGUCCAAGGACGUGUCCCGCAUGCGCUCCGUCCUUAUAUCCCUGAAACAGACACCCUUGGUGCGCAAAGCCUAGAGCUUUUUUUUUUUUUUUGGUUCGUUUUAGACGUGUCCUUUGCUUCUGCUUUGUUGCACUUUAUUUUAAGGCCCGGUGGGAAUGGUAAUUACAAUUUAUUUUUUAAAAGCACAUUGUUGGGUUUUUUUGUUUUUUUAACAGCCACUCUGCUAAUAUUGUACUACAACCUCUCUGCCUUAUGAAGAAGAUGCCUUUCCCCCCAUCUGAAGGUAUGCCUGUUUGUAAUCAUGUAGUUGCCUUGAAGUUCUUACCCGAGGCAUACUCACAAUAUAUAUAAUCAAUCCUAAGUCUAUUUUACAUAGGUCUUAGACACAAUAAUUUUCAUGCGCUUGUUAUGGAAGAUUUGCCAUUUUCCCACUAGCAUUGCUGGUAUAAAUCAUCUGUAGACCCAUUAGGUACAGAUCGAAGGUAUAAGCUUAACAUGCAGCAUCCACAAAUGCAAUCCUUAAACAUUUUGACUUUUAAUCAUUAUCAGGUCAACUAUACACCUGUUGCAUUAUAUAGGUCAUAUUGUUUCACUGUUCAUUUUUUUUAAAAGGUGAUACCACCUGUAUGUUUGUAGUGAGGGUUCCACAGUAGGUUAUGAAGAAGCCUUUACAUUUAAUACAGCAUAGGUCACUCCAUGUCAACAGUAGCACUGAUCAUAUACCAGGACACUAUACUGAGGCCUUCUGGAACUUCACUUGAGUCAGAUACUCUAACAAAAUGUGGUUUGCACAAGUUUUUUUUCUUCUGUUCAUUGACUGCCAAAGACUUGCAUGACAGCACCACAGGGAUUAUCUAAAUGAGGCCUUUAUCACAUCCAUAAUUCUGUUAUAUUGGCUACUGUUCUUCCUGGUUGUUUUAUAUCGGGAUAGAACCACAUAAUGUGCAUUGUUUUUCCCAUGUAAGGUUUGCAUUCAGAUGCAGUUGAAACAAUGUUACAAAACUUGAUUUCUUCUUCAGUUCAAUAAAACAUUGGUCAAGGUAA